UCCAAGUUGCCCGUGACCUCCGCUUAUCCCAUCAAGGAGAAUCGCACUGCGGGCGUCCCGCGUGGGACGUGUGCCGGGCACGGCACACACCCACCCCGAAACCCAUGGAUGAUGUUCUACAGAAGCUAUCAGUCGUAUUGCCAUCGGCUGCAGCAUGACAUGUAUUUCCUUACAAGCACUAGCCGACUGAAUGAGCAAGUGGUUGAUAAAAUAGUUCUUCAGCUCAACAGAGUCUAUCCCCAAAUUCUUACCAAUGAAGAAGCAGAAAAGUUCAGGAACCCAAAAGCAUCACUCCAUACCAGGCUCUCAGAUCUGCUAAAACACCUCCAAAAGAAAGGAGACAGACACUGUCAGGAGUUUUACAGGGCUCUGCAGAUCAAUGCUGAACAGCUGUUUAAUGACCUGCCAAGCAGGAAAAUCUUGAAAACCCCAGAUCCCACAGAGAUAGACACUGACAAGGAGCAAUAUAUGCUAAAUGACAGGGGCCCAGUGUUUUUCCUGGCGUGUUUCAGCGUGGCUGCAGGGCUGGCCCUUUUCUGGUACUGCUGUAACUCAGAAACACAAGUCAUAGGAAGAGCCAGGAGAAUCUUGGGUUUUUCUCCUAUUAUCAUAGGAGGACAUGUUAGAAAUAUUUGUAUGUUGUAUUUGGAAGACAUGUCAAGAAAUUAAGGAAAAGCUGUCUCUUUGCCUGUCUGUACAUGGCACCAAAGGAAGCCAACAGUGGAUAAAAAUGUCCUGUACUCAUACCAAAGAUUUUAUUAACUAGCUUAAUCAAUAAUUGCCUUGCCUCCAGAUGUAUUCGAAAUUUCAGCUAUAAAUGUCCUUCUUUAUGGGAAUGGACCAUUUAUUUUUGUAAAUGCUUGAAGUAUUUAUUGUUUGUAUAAAAAUAUUUUUAUUAUGAGCUUUAAAAUGAUCUCUUAAGUGCGCAUGGGUCUGAAGCCAUGUUUGCGUAUGUGUUUUCUAUACUGAAAUGAAGGAUCACAACUGUUUGAAGAACUCUGGCUUUCCUUUUGUGAGAAUUAAUUUAAGAAAAGAACUUAAACACAUGCACUCAAAGCCCUUACUAAGAAAUGGAUCUCCAUCUCAGAACUGUUUUGUCUAGACGCUUUAUAGUCACUGCCUGAGCUCAGGUGUACUGGCACCUGGAAAAAGUUUAUGGGCGCCAGUUCCCUUGAUGUAUUCAUUGUGUCUUCUGAUUCCCAGUUGGUGCCUCAUCCCAGUCUGCCUUGUUCCCAGUCUGCCACAGCUGCUGGCCCUGAUUUGAAUGCCCUGGAGCUGUUGCAGGCUGCUUCCCAGCCCAUGGGCUCUUCCAGGGAGAGGAAUGUCUGACCCGAAGCACUUCAGACUACCAAGAAAAUGUUCCAGAUUCAUUUAGCUUUCCCUUUCCCAGUGAAGUAAAGGGAGACUGCAGAGAGACCUGGACACAUGGGAGGGCUGGACAAUCACCAACCCAGUAAAGUUCUACGAGGGAAAGUACCAGAUUGUGCACUUGGGAUGGUGCAACCCUGGAUGUAUGGACAGGCUGGGGAAUGAGAUGCUAGAGAGCAGCACCAUGCAAAGGGACCUGGGAAUCCUAGUGGAUGGAAAGUUGGAUAUGAGUCAGCACAGCCUGGCAGCCAGGGGGGACAUCCCUGUCCUGGGGGCACCAGGCCCAGCAUGGCCAGCUGGGCCAGGGAGGGGAUUGUCCCUCUCUGCUCUGCGCUGGCGCGGCCUCAGCUCCAGUGCUGGGGACAGUUUGGGCAUCACAAUAUAAGAAAGAUAUUAAACUACUGGAGAGCAUUGAAAGGACGCUUCCAGGGAUGGGGCAGCAGCAGCUUCUCUGGGUAACCUGUGCCAGGGUUGGGGGAAGAAUUCUUUCCCAGCAUGGUACAGGAAAUUUUACUAUGGCUAGGGCUACAUUUUCCUCCCUUCCUGAGGUUGCUUGAGAUGAGGAUAUCUCUCAGGGAAAAAAAUGAUCCAGAAUGAGCUAUGCCAAGGGUUAGAGCUGGAAGGAGGAAGAAAAAGUGAGUCUGGGUUCAUCCUAGUGUUAAAGGACCUAACAGCAAAGAAUAGAAAACAAUUUGUUCUUUCAUUAGUGCCAGUUAUUAAUAUGAACAAUGAAUGUCAGGCUGCCUAUACAGUUGGCAUGUGCACAGGCUGGGAGACAUUCUUUGAAUAUUUUUCUUUCAGGAGCUUGCUUCUCUGCAAGCACAUCUCUGCAGCACCUAUGGACAGUGAUAAUUCCAUUUUCAGCUCCUGGAGGAAGCCCAUGUGCACCUGCAUGGAGUCAGGUCCUUUUAGGCAAACAGUGUUACAGACUUGGGAA